AUGUUCUUCCAGUCUCAUCUUGCACUUGCUGUCCUGGGACUCUCGUCCUCGGUCCUUGCGCUUCCGUUUCGUCGCGACGUCUCGGCGGAUCUAUUCGCCAACCUGAACCUCUUCGAGCAGUAUUCGGCUGCCGCGUACUGCACUUCGAAUGACGAGGCUGGUUCCGGUGUAGAGAUCGCCUGCUCAACGGGGAAUUGCCCUUUAGUCCAGAAUGCUGAUGCUACAUCAUACUACUCGUUUGACGAUAUUGGUAAAGGCGACGUCGCCGGCCUCCUCGCUGUCGACAACACGAACCAGUUGAUUGUCUUGUCCUUCCGCGGCUCGCGCAGCCUUGAGAACUGGAUUACGAACCUCGACUUCGCGGCCAAGGAUGCCUCCUCAUUGUGCAGCGGCUGUAAGGCCCACCGGGGUUUCUUGGAGUCCUGGGAGUCUGUGUCCGACACGCUCUCGUCCAAGCUGUCUGAGGCUGUUUCCGCCAACCCGGGCUAUAAGAUUGUCAUUACCGGCCACAGUCUGGGUGGUGCUCUGGCUACCCUUGCAGCUGUGGACUUGCGGAAUGCCGGGAACGAAAUUGACCUGUAUACGUAUGGAUCCCCUCGAGUCGGGAACAAGGCAUUUGCAGAGUUCCUCACUUCGCAGUCUGGCGGCACCACAUACAGGGUUACUCACACCGAUGACCCUGUUCCCAAGCUGCCCCCGAAGAAUCUCGGAUUCAGCCAGCCAAGCCCCGAGUACUGGAUUACUUCCCCUACCAACGAGUCCGUGACGGCGUCCGACAUUACUGUUAUCGAGGGGAUUGACUCGACUGCCGGCAAUGAUGGUACGCCGACAGGAUUGGAUGUUGAUGCUCAUACUUUCUAUUUCAACCACGUUAGCGCAUGCCAGUAG